AUGAGUUGCUUCGUGAGCCACGAGGAGAAGUCGGUUUGGACGGCGAUUGACUGCCGGAACAUAAAACCCAUAACUAAGCAUAAUGAAAAAAGCAGAGUCUACCAUGAUCAGGCUUCAUAUUAUGAAGUCAGACAGACAGCAGAGGAUUCACAACUUGCCCAACAAAGAACACACCACCACUGGUCUCCUCCCUUAUUACAAAGAGGAAAGGAUGGUCAGCUACAAAGUCAAACACGUCCACACGCCUAUGCCUGUACCUCGAAGAGCUACCACGUCCCCCGCCUGCCGAAACUGCUGCAGCCUCCGUGCCCUUUUCGUCCACCUCUACGUAUGCCUUAUGAAAAAAGAACGAGAUUUCGAGUGAAGGAUUAUCCGGGGAAGGGUAAACCAUCUCGGUCAAACCACCGAGAAAAGGGAGAACCAAUCCUUGCUUUUUAA